UGUAAUUCAUAUAUACAAAAAAAUAUACUAAUCAAUCAUAUAUAUAUAUAUAUAUAUACGUCAUCCUCCCGUACAAGAAAUCAAAUAAAGGGGAGGAAAUCUAUAUUUCAUCUUUCCUAUUAUAAAAAAAGAAUAAAAAAAACAAAAAUGGUGAAUGGAAAAAUACUUGCAUCUGGUGUUUCCCUAAUCCUUGUGGUGGGUGUUGCCAUCGGUGUUGUGGUUGUUGUUAACAGAAAGGGCACAUCCAAUCCUGAAGUAGAAGCUCAACAGAAAUCCGUGAAGGCAAUGUGUGAAGGCACCGAUGACCCUAAGCUUUGUCACGAUACUCUUAUUACCGUGAACAGCACGAAUUCCUCAGAUCCAAAGGCAUACAUAGCUGCUGGAGUGGAAGCAACGGUGAAAAGCGUGAUCCAAGCAUUGAACAUGAGUGAUAGGCUCAAAGUGGAACAUGGAGACAAAGAUCCUGGCAUCAAAAUGGCCCUUGAUGAUUGCAAGGACUUAAUCGAAUUCGCCUUGGACAGCAUCGAGUCCUCGGCUAAUUUGGUUAACAAUCACAACAUUCAAGCGCUGCAUGACCAAUCUCCUGACUUCAGGAACUGGUUGAGUGCAAUUAUCUCGUACCAGCAAUCAUGCAUGGACGGCUUCAACAACGAGACCAACGGUGAGCAGGAAAUUAAGGAACAACUGCACACAGGAAGUUUGGACCAAAUGGGGAAGCUCACUGGCAUAGUCCUAGACAUUGUCACUAACUUAUCCAAAAUCCUUCAGAGUUUUGACCUCAAGUUGGAUUUGAACCCGGCUUCUCGUCGUCUUCUCGAGCUUGAUGCUGAAGGGUACCCUACGUGGUUCUCUGCUGCAGAUCGCAGGCUACUUGCUAAGAUGAACCAAGGAGGUGCACCCCCACCCAAUGCAGUGGUUGCCCUAGAUGGUAGUGGUCAAUUUAAAUCCGUUAAGCAAGCUAUUGACUCCUACCCUAAGAAUUUCAAAGGCAGAUUCAUUAUUUAUGUUAAAGCUGGGAUUUAUAACGAGUAUAUCACUAUCCCUAAGAAGUCAGAGAAUAUUUUGAUUUAUGGUGAUGGCCCUACAAAAUCCAUUAUUACUGGUAACAAAAACUUUAUAGAUGGCGUCAAGACAAUGCAAACUGCCACCUUUGCCAAUACUGCACCUGGAUUCAUUGCCAAGUCAAUAGCAUUCGAGAACACAGCGGGUGCAAAGAAGCACCAAGCAGUGGCAUUCAGAAACCAAGGAGACAUGUCGGCCAUGUUCGACUGUGCCAUGCACGGUUACCAAGACACAUUGUACACCCAGGCCAACCGUCAAUUCUACCGCAACUGCGAAAUCUCGGGCACCAUAGACUUCAUCUUCGGAGCAGCUCCAACUCUGAUCCAGAACUCGAGAAUCAUAGUAAGGAAGCCAGAAGCUAACCAAUUCAACACGGUGACCGCAGAUGGAACCAAGCAGAAGAACAUGGCCACAGGAAUCGUGCUCCAGAACUGCGAGAUACUGCCGGAGCAAGCUCUGUUCCCUACAAGGUUCCAAACGAAAUCCUACUUGGGGAGGCCGUGGAAGGACUUCGCAAGAACAGUAGUUAUGGAAUCCAACAUUGGCGACUUUAUUCAGCCAGAGGGGUGGACCCCUUGGAGUGGGAACUUGUUUCUUGACACGUUGUACUAUGCUGAGUAUGCUAACGUUGGACCUGGUUCCAACGUUCAAGGAAGGGUUAAGUGGAAGGGUUACCAUCCCAAUAUUAAUAAGAACGAAGCUGAGCAAUUCACUGCUGGCCAAUUCCUCAGAGGUGGACCUUCUGGAAAUGCCGAUGAUUGGUUGAAGGCUACUGGCGUUCCUUAUACCAUUGGUUUCACCAAACCUUGAAUUAUCUAUCAUCAUGCAUGAUACUGCUGUAGGGUUAAUCUUGGGAACAAGUUUUUUUUUUUGUGCAAAUUAAUGUGUCUAUAGUUAUAUAUACGUAGAAUAAAUUAAUUAGCUUUGUUUUCAGCACACUUGUUGUGAUUCUACCUCCAAGCUAGGGUGGAAUCAUAUCAUAUCUUGUACAAACAUGAGAAAACUGUACAGCUAAUAUAUGUGGACUUUUUACAUUGUUUUUUGAAAA